AUGGCCUCUACCGCUUUAGAGGACGAAUGGAUUUAUCUGUUGUCCGAGGAAGAAUUACCAAACGAAUUUAUCCGAAGAUCUCUCGAUCCAACGGGUGAUCCGGAAAAACAACGGAAACGCUUGUUAUUAUAUUCGCGUUACGUGCGUGGAGAAAUAGAUUCAAUGCACCCCGAAAGACCUUCAGAACCUCUUGCAGGUGCGCAAUUAUUGCAACCCCCACCUGACGCUCAGGAAAGUCCCCAGUCGACUAAUGUCCCCGUGACCCCUGACGAUCACAAUCCUGCACAGGAGCAAGGAGAAGAGAUACGUGACCUCCACCCCGCGAUGCCCACCCGAGAACUUCCGCUAAUCACCCCAGGACUACCCGCCCCGAUGCAACCAGCACCUCUCUUACCGUCUCCUCCAAUACCUCAGAUAGAAUCACCUCGAGAAUCUGCCUAUACCGUACCGCGCAAUUCCCUCCAUCAGUAUCGUCUCGAGCCCUCCCACGAAUUUUCCCGUGAAAUUCGUACAGAAUUUCCGCGAGAACCCCAGUACGAGCCAUCAGCUGACCCCCACAAACGCUAUCGUUUCGCCCCUAGAUCCCCUGCAGCAACACACCCCUUUAUUCCCCCGACUAGGCCCAAUUCGACACCUACCGCUAUAGCCGCGUACGAUGUUAUGCGAAAGUGGAACCUAAAAUUUUCCGGCCAUAGAAAUGAAGACGCCGAAGCGUUCUUAAACCGACUUCAAGAUGGUCGUCUGUUAUUUAACUUUCGCGAUACCGAAUGUCCGUGA